AUGACUGAAAUUGCUCCACCAGGAGCAGAGACGGCAUCGACGGGAGACAUUCUAUUGGCGGAACAAGGGAAGGAAUUUAAGUUUGAGGAGUUUAAGGAGGUCAAGCAAUGCUAUCCUCAUGGAUUUCAUGGAGUUGAUAAAUUUGGUAGACCAAUAUACAUUGAACAGAUUGGGAUGGUAGAUCUAAAUGCCUUGCUUCAAGUAACCACAAUUGAAAGAUUUGUUAAGUAUCAUGUGUCUGAAAAAGAGAAAACAUUGAAUUUGAGAUAUCCUGCAUGUUCAAUUGCAGCCAAGAGGCAUAUAGCAUCAACCACAAUUAUAUUAGAUGUGAAGGAAGUGGGAAUGUCUAAUUUCUCAAAGCCUGCAAAACAGCUCUUUAUGGAAAUUCAAAUGAUUGAUAGCAAUUAUUACCCAGAGAUUGCCAUUGUAUCAGAGUAUAUUAUGCUAUACUAA